ACAAAACUGGUUUAAAGCCCUAACAUCGGCAAGUAUGAGUGUUCCUGCUCCUCCCCGUCCGUUCUGUCCACUGCCAUCAUUCCCUGUAAGCGGUGAACCUGUUGGAUUCUGGCCUCAAAUCCCUUUUGACAACGAACAAGCCCAACCUGCUUUUGGUGCCGAUUGGACACCGCCAUUCAAGAAGCCCAGAAACUUCGAAGAUAACCGCUCGAAUUCCUUUUCAAACCCACCUGGAAAUCCAAGAAUGCCGCCUCCGCCAGCGUUGAACCCUCCUGUUUGUAGGGGCGUAAACAGGAUGUUUUUCAAGACCCGUCCUUGCGCAAAAUUCUUUACUGGGGCCUGUCCUUAUGGGGACAACUGCAAUUUUGUCCAUGGGCCUGACGAUUUGAGGAAGCCUCCACCCAACUGGCAGGAAAUACUUGCUGCCAGAGCCCGUGAGGAAGAAAGAGCCGCUGGGCUUUGGGAUGAAGAUCAGAGAAUAAUCACUAGGCUCAAGCUCUGCAAGAAGUACUGUAAUGGGGAGGAGUGCCCAUAUAGGGAUAGAUGUAAUUUUCUUCACGAAGAUCCAGCCAAGUUCAGGGACGAUCCUGGGAGAUUUAGGGAGAGUUCUGCAAUCAGCAUUGGGACUACAGGAUCUCCUGUGAAUAAUGGAAGUGGGUCUGACCAUCCACAGGAAAGUAAUGGGUUUGUGAAUUCCGGUUCUGAUGUUAAUCGGAUCAAUGUGAAGCCUUUUUGGAAGACAAGAAUCUGUUCCAGGUGGGAGAUCUCUGCGACCUGCCCCUUUGGUGAUAAAUGUCACUUUGCUCAUGGGCAAGCAGAACUGCAGAAGAUUGGAGGCCACAUUGAAGCAGAAGUAGGGAAUGUUUACACAGCUCCCAUAAAACCUCUUAUGAAUUCCAAUUAUGAUGUAUCACCCACUAAUACAGGGGUGGGAACUUGUAAGCAGCAAGUGCAAGGUAAGAAGUGUCUGCUGAACUGGAGAGCUGAGAAGAUCAGUCGCAUUUAUGCUGAUUGGAUUGAUGAUGUGCCGCUUGUUCGCAAUUCGCCUAGCAAAGUGGAGAGCUGAUUCUAGAGUAGAAGUUUUGCUGGAACUUGAAAUUUAGAGUUCUAGUAUCAUACCCUUUUU